ACAACCGGGAGCAGUAGGUGGCGGUAGUGCUGCUGAACAACCGCCAAAGAUCAGCACGAAGAAGAAGUUUACCCUCGUGUGGUGCAGUGGGUCCAGCAGAGGCAGAGACACGCGAAAAAUUAGAUUAAAAACACUUUUUUGGGAGAAGUCAGUUCACCGGAUAAGUGAGUGGUCAUGGCCUCCUACACUUGCAUCAGCUGCCGAGUGGCUUUUGCAGAUGGCGAGGUGCAGCGAGCGCACUACAAAACCGACUGGCACCGCUACAACCUGAAGCGUAAGGUGGCCGACAUGCCACCUGUCACCGCUGAAAACUUCCAGGAGCGCGUCCUGGCUCAGAGGGCCGCUGCCGAACAGCAUCUGAAUGACGCGACGGUCACAGAGGGCUGCGCCGUCUGCAACAAGAAGUUCUCCAGCGCCAACGCCUACCAGAACCAUCUGCAGUCCCACAAACACCAGCAGGCCGAGAAGCAGGCCCUGCUCGCCGCCCAGAGGAAGGUGGAGAAGAUGAACGAGAAGAACCUGGAGAAGGGACUCGGUGACGAGAAGGUGGAUCACGACGCCAGGAAUGAGGCCCUGCAGCAAGCCCUGAGAGAGCAGCAGAGGCCGAGCCCGGCCAAGCAAGCCAAGGCCCAGACGUCAGAGGGAGCGACGAAGCAGAGGACGGAGAGGCCAGACAAACCUCCGCGGAUGAUGUGGCUGGAGGAGCAAGCCAAGAGGCAAGAGAGAGAAGAGGGAGCCACAGCUGAGGAAGAGGAGUGGGAGGAUUUUGGUGAGGACGAUGAUGAUGAUGAUGAGAUGGAGGAGGAUGAAGAAGAGGAAGAGGAGGUGAUGGAUCAGGAGGAAGGAGACUCUGCGGCUCCGUCUGACCCCCACCCAGCCGCUCUGCCCGGCUCCAUCCCCGUCACCGACUGCCUCUUCUGCUCCCAUCACUCGAAGUCACUCAUGAAGAAUCUCACCCACAUGACCAAAGUUCACAGCUUCUUCAUCCCCGACGUGGAGUUCCUGGUCGACCUCAGGGGCCUCGUCCGUUACCUCGGAGAAAAGGUCGGUGCUGGGAACGUGUGUUUAUGGUGUAAUGAGAAGGGGCGUUCGUUUUACUCAACAGAAGCAGUACAGAGUCACAUGACAGACAAAAGUCACUGUAAACUCUUCACAGACGGCGACGCUGCUCUGGAGUUCGCAGACUUCUACGACUUCAGGAGCAGCUACCCCGACAGGAAAGAGGGAGAGGAUUCUGAAAUAAACGAUGAAGAGCUGCCCGCCGACAAGAACCUGGAGUACGACGACGAAACACUGGAACUGACUCUGCCCUCAGGUGCUACGAUCGGCCACCGCUCCCUCAUGAGGUACUACAAACAGCGAUUCGGAGCUCAGCGAGCGGUGGUUCUGACCCACAAUAGGAACGCUGUUGGCAGAGUCCUCCGGCAGUACAAAGCCCUGGGCUGGGGAGGAGAUGGAGGCAACAGCUCCCUCAGUCAGAAACAGAGAGACAUGCAGUACGUACAGAGGAUGAAGUCAAAAUGGAUGCUGAAGAUGGGAAUGAGCCACAACGCCACCAAGCAGAAGCACUUCAGAGCCCAAGUCAUGUUCUAAACUCUGGUCUACAAGGAACUGAAUAUGGUGCGAAAUGUGAUGUGGACUGGUUACAUCUUUGCUGUUUUCCAUCCAGCAAGACUUUGAGCACAGAAUCAAGUACAGCUGCAGAAGUUGUGGUUGCUUGUUCCCUGGCAGAAAGAAUUAUCAAACUUGUUGAUCACCUCAUAUCAGUAACGCUCUGUUGUGAUUAAAGUAAAUACAUCCAUGUUGAUUUGAGGUUUGACAACAGCAGCAGGUGGAAAUCUUCACCAACUUUACUUCUGAUAAUUUUUGCAUGAAGAGCAGUAACAUGACCUUUUCUUCCCAAAUUUCCAAAUGUCUUUAAUGUUACAUCAAAGUGCAGAAAGCGUAGGUCCACAGUAAAUCAGCUUGAAAUUGACUUGUGAUAGGAAUCCAGCUGGAAAUUACAUCUCAGCUUUAACUGCAAAAACAACCACUUACGUGGAGAUCAAGGGCAUGAAUCACGUUUACAAAAUUACUUUUGAAACUAUAUUGAUCAUUUAAAAUCUAAAAGUACUAUUCAGUUGCAUAACACUGUUUUUUUAGACUAAUAACAGGAUUACAUCUUUAUGAUUCAGCAUUCUUGUAAUACAUCCAACUAAAUAAAUGUGUUUCAUAUUUA